GCUGCCUGCCUCUCCUCGGGAAUGUUGACCACGGGAGGCAACACAGAGUUUAGCGAACAACUUUGUGUUUGUUGAGGUUAUAGUUAACCUUUUCAUCUAAGCAAGGGUGGCUGAAUCAGGCUACGGGUGGUAAAAGCUCUCCCCCUCCCGACAUCCUCGCUGUAUUCGCCCCUUGGUGAGCGCUGUUUUGGAGGUGCCGCUGGGAGUGGAUGCGAGGCUGCCGAGGCUGAGGUCACACAGGACAGCGGGACAGCAUGGCCUUAGCAGGGUGUCCUGACUUCUUCGUCCACCAGACCAACUAUCAGGAUAAGGUGGACCGCUCAGGCUCUCACCAACCUUCCAACCUCAUUGGCUCUGGAUUCCAACAGUCUUCCAAUCGGAAUUCACCCAGCCAUCAGGAUGACGAUGUGGACCUUGAGGCCCUGGUGAAUGAUAUGAACUCCUCUUUUGAGAGUCUCUACUCCCACACGGACUCCUCCCCUCUCCUGCACAAUGGCCACGCCCCCGCGCAGGGUCCCUAUGGCAACCGUGGGCAGGCCCUGCCGCCCCAGCGCCCUCCGCCCCGCUCACCAGGACAGAGACUCCGCCGCUCACAGCCCAUCCAUGUGCACGCAGUCAGGAGACUUCAGGAAGAGGAGCAUCAGGUCAGGCCUGCCUCCCUGCCGGCCAUCCCAAACCCUUUCCCUGAACUGUGCAGCCCGACUGGGUCUCCUAUACUGGACACCCUGCAGCAGAACCAGGCUUCAGACACACACAUUCUAAAGGUGUUUGGAGAGGAUGGCAGUGGAAAGGUGGUGGAGGUGCCGGCGGACAUGACGGCCAGAGACGUGUGCCAGCUGCUGGUUUACAAGAGCCACUGCGUAGAUGACAACUGCUGGACACUAGUGGAGCAUCACCCCCUGCUCGGCCUGGAGCGCUGUCUGGAGGACCAUGAGCUGGUGGUGCAGGUGCAGGCUGGCAUGUCCAGCGAGAGCAGGUUCGUCUUCAGGAAGAACUACGCCAAGUAUGAGUUCUUCAGAAACCCCCUGAACUUCUUCCCAGAGCAGAUGGUAGCGUGGUGUCAGGAAUCCAAUGGCUCAAUCCCACCGUCCCAGCUCUUACAGAACUUCCUCAACUCCAGCCGCUGUCCUGAGAUCCAGGGCUUCCUGUAUCUGAAGGAGACGGGUCGGAAGUCCUGGAAGAAGCUCUGCAUGUUCCUGCGGCGCUCCGGCCUCUACUACUCCACUAAAGGCACAUCGAAAGAGCCCCGGCACCUGCAGUUACUGUCCGAUCUCGAAGAGAGCAACGUGUUCAGCGUGACGACAGGCCGGAAGAUGCACAACGCGCCCACAGACUUCCAGUUCUGCAUCAAGCCCAGUAAAGUUCGCAGCGAUCUGAAGGAGCUGAGGAUGUUGUGUGCUGAAGAUGAACAGAGCAGGACAUGCUGGAUGACUGCGUUCAGACUGCUGAAGUACGGGAUCUUGCUCUACCAGAACUACAAGAUCCCCCAGCAGAGGAAAGCCCCGCUGGCUCCCUUCUCUGCCCCAGUGCGGAGUGUGUCCGAGAACUCUCUGGUCGCCAUGGACUUCUCCGGGAGGACGGGGCGAGUGAUCGACAACCCGGUGGAGGCCCAGAGUGCUGCCCUGGAGGAGGGCCACAGCUGGAGGAAACGGAGUCAGAGAAUGAAUGUUUUAGGAAGCCCCAGUCCCCUCCACCCUUCCUCUCUAAGCUCAGUUAUCCACCGGACCCAGCUGUGGUUCCACGGCCGCAUCAUGAGGGAGGAGUCCCACAAGAUGAUCAUGCAGCAGGGCCAAGUGGACGGGUUGUUCCUGAUACGAGACAGUCAGAGUAACCCAAAGGCUUUUGUUCUCACACUGUGCCAUCACCAGAAAAUCAAACAUUUCCAGAUCUUACCUUUUGAAGAGGAUGGACAAAUCUUCUUCAGCCUUGAUGACGGCGCCACCAAAUUCAGCGAUCUGAUCCACCUGGUGGAGUUCUACCAGCUGAACAGAGGCGUGCUGCCCUGCAAACUCAAACACCCCUGCACCGUGGUGGCCUUAUGACCCUCCCGCCUCCCCCCUGCCCCUAGAGAUCGCCCCAGCGCCGACCUCUGACCUCCCCUCUGACCUUUUUCGACCCCUACACAAACAGACAGCCCCGCGCGGCGUGACGCGGCUCGGCUCACCGACUGGAUCUGUUUUGUGUCGCGUGUGUGUACGCGCGUGUGUGUGUGUGUGUGUGCGCUCAGCUGUGACGGUGGCGUAUGCACGCGUCGCUCUACUCCCCCGUAGAUGAUGAUGAUGCUGAGCUGAGGACAGGGGACAGGACUCUUCUCUCUCUCUCUCUCUCUCUCUCUCUCUCUCUCUCUCUCUCCCUCCCUCUCUCUCUCUCUCUCUCUCUCUCUCUCUCUCUCUCCCUCCCUCACACCCUCUCUCUCCUUUACACACACACACACUUCUGGACUGAAUGAAAGCUCCAUGGAUGUUGACGUGGAGAACGAGGGGCGUGAUGGACGGGAGGAAAGCGUCCGCUCCUCUCCGCCGCUCUCCGUUCCGCCGAGCUCGGCUCUCUCCCCUCCCGAGCGACGGAUCAUCCGGCUCUCCGUCAGAGGUCAUCCUCUGUGUCCACCCCAGAGGUCGCUGUCCUCUCCUCUCCUCUCCUGUCCCGUCCCGUCCUGUCAUCCACUACAGAGCAAUGCAAGACCACAACCCAGAGCUGCUGCAGUCAGUCUGUCAGUCUGUCUGUCUGUCUUCAACAUCAGCCUGGACCUUCUACACAAUGUUUUUUGUUUUGUUUUGUUAUUUUGUUUGUUUUUCCACUUGUAAAGUGUUGCUUUACUUGACGACAUUUUAUUUUAUUACAGUUCGUUUCAUAGCAGAACUAUAUACAUAUACAAAAAUAUAUAUAUAUCUAUAUAUUUUUUUGCACUCCUGAGAUGACAACAGGUUUUCCCACUCGACAGAAAACACUGCGCUCUCGUUGUUGCUCCUCCUCCUUCUCCUCUUCCUCCUCCUCCUCCUCCUCCUCCAUCGGCUUCUCUCCCUCCUCCUGUUUUUGGCAGGGCGAGCACCCGCGACAGGAUCCUCGCGUGCUGACCGCGUGAACGACCCGGCAGGCGCCCCCGGAGAUGUGCCGAGAGUGCCGCCCCGGCACCGGCUCUCGAGAAGUGAUCCCAGGAAGAGGGGAGAGUAGCGCCAGGGCCACAGUCUACCGGGGGGGGG